UUCUUGCCCCCACUUUUGUUCUUGCCCAGGGUCAACCAGGAGCUGUUGCCAACACCCCAAAGGCAGAGUUGGGGAAAGCUGGCCUUGUGUUCCUUUCCAGCGUAGCCACACUGAAUACAUUACUAUCUUCCUUUACUGCCUUUUCCAUUUUGUCCUUUGGGACCAGUGGCUGGAUCCGAUCUGCUGGGACCCUGGAGUCACGCUUCCCUGGCCUAGGCCACUGGUGACUGACUUAACCUUUCCUGUCACAACCCAAAUGUCGCUCCUGAGAGUCUCCCUGGCACUUGUUGUCAUUUAGAUCUUUCCCCUGUUCUCUGUUAGCAGAACUCCACGCUUCUCCUUCUGACAUCUCUCACCCUUGUCUCAUCUUUUGCAUGUUUGGCUUUUGUCCCUCACUUUCACUAAUUUAAGCUCCAGGAGCAGAAUGGAGAUGUUUGAUUUCCCAUCUCUGGAUUCCCAGGGGCAGCACAGGCCUGGUCCAGGGUCAGCAUAAGGGAAAUUUUACAAAGUGAAGGAGAUGGUCCCACGUAAAGAAAGGGCAAAGAACUAUGAGCUGAGAGUGGAGGAUGGAGGGCGUGGUUGGGAUGGAGGUUUCUAGCAUGAGAUGCUGUGGGCUCUGGUGAGGCGCAAGUCCUUGUCCAGCUCCUGGGUCCUGUUCUCACCCAGAACCAAGGGGCAUUGGGUCCCAAAUGGCAUCUGAUCAGAGGGCUGUCCCGGUCAUCAUGGGCUCCUUCUUCCUCUGGGAGAUGGCAGAUGAACCUGGGAUGCUGCUUUUGCGUAAGCCCCUAUCGUGGGCACUGCCUUGCCAGAGAACAGCCUGUGACUGGAUCACUCCUGUUCUCACAGCACGUUUCAUGGAGUAUGUUAAAUCAGAAUGUCACUUCUCCAAUGGGACAGAGAGGGUGCGCUUCCUAGAGAGACACAUCUUCAACCUGGAAGAGUAUGCACGAUUCGACAGUGAUGUUGGGGAGUUCCGAGCUGUGACAGAGCGGGGAAAGUCUGCAGCCAAGUUCUGGAACUCGUGGAAGGGUGCCCUGGAGCAGGAGCGGGCCACAGUGGACACUUUCUGUAGAGUCAACUACAGGGUUGUCCAGAGCUUGACUGCGCAUCUGAAAGUUGAGCCCAAGGUGACUGUGUACCCCACAAUGACCCAGCCCCUGCAGCACCACAACCUCCUGGUCUGCUCUGUGAGUGGCUUCUACCCAGGCCACAUUGAAGUCAGAUGGUUCCGGAACGGGCAGGAGGAGGAGGCUGGGGUGGUGUCCACAGGCCUGAUCCGGAAUGGAGACUGGACCUUCCAGACCCUGGUCAUGCUGGAAACUGUUCCUCAGAGCGGAGAGGUUUAUGCCUGCCAGGUGGAGCACCCGAGCUGGAGCAGCCCUGUCACGGUGGAGUGGAGGACACAGUCUGGAUCUGCACAGAGCAAGAUGCUGAGCGGAAUCGCGGGCUUUGUGCUGGGUCUGCUCUGCCUUGGGGUGGGGCUGUUCAUCUACCUCAGCAAUCACACGGACUCCUGAGCUGAAGUGAAGGUAACAACCCUGAAGGAAGGAUUUAUGUCCGCGCCAGACCAGUGGUGCCAGGCUUCCUGCUUGGUUCUCAUUCUUCCACAGAAAAAGACUGUCACAGGACCUGGUUCCCCUGCUUCAGUGACCCCGCAAAAUGUGUCCUCCCUGACAGCUUCCUCCGCCCCUGUCCCUGACUGGGAAGCCCCAUUACAGACUGAAUGACUUCAUAUUCUGCUGGCCCCUUUGUGUUAAAUUCUGGCCUCCUCCCCUGCCUCUAAACUCAUGUUAUUCCUUAUUACUUCAGUAAAUUUUUCUCAAAUAA